AAAGAUGGUUCCUGGUGAGGUUGGACGAUACUGGUUCGGUGAGGGCAAUGCAAAGAUGGCAUACUGCCGUGUUUUGAAGAGUAAGAUGGUGAUGGUGCGAGUGGGCGGCGGCUGGACCGAACUGUCCCAAUUUUUGAGAGACCACUGCUUGCUUGAGGGAGAGUUUAUCCCCAAGAACCGAAUGACGAUAGCAGAAGAUGAUAUGGAGCAGGCAUCACUACCAUCUAUCCAGGAAGGCUUUAUUGAGACCCGACGAGCAAAGUCGCCAUCCGGACGGCCUCUUCCGAGAGGUAGUAUUAGUGGCAGAAGUUUGUCACCCACCCCACCUCCUGUACAUCCUUCGCGAUCAACAUCUGGCCAGACAGGGUACAUUGAUGGAGACAAAUAUAUUGCAGUCGAUCGACAUGGAAACCAGCUUGAAGUCAGGAUGACUCGGGCGGCAAGCAAAGAGACAAACGGAGAUAGACCUACACGUAGACGAGUUAUGACACGCAAAAGGGAUCCCCAAGAGUCGGUGUCUACUGCGACCAGUAGUACUAGUACGAGUACUGCUACUGGUAGUGGCAGUGGCAGUGGAUCUAACGGUGUCACUUCUGCAUCUACUUCUACACCCCAUGGAGCCACUAUUGUUGUACCUACUGCCAGUGCAGUUUAAUAUCAUUAUUAUAAUAAAAACAGAAUCAUAUAUAAUCU